UCAGGCCCGGCUGCGGAGCGGGUGCGUGCCGGAGCAGCUGCCGACGGCCAGACGCGGCGGAGCGCUACCAAACCCCGCAGGACGCACGCGACAGCCAUGGCUGUCUCGCUCCAGCGAGCGCACGGCUGGUGGAUUGGCGUGAUGAUGACGGCAGCGCUGAUAGCAGGUUCGCCGUGCCCCCUGGACUGGGCGCAGCGGGGCGCCUGGUGUUUCCAGGUCAACGCGACCAGAACAAUGAGCUGGGCCGGCGCCGGCGCCCUCUGUCAGGAGCGAGGCGGCCAGCUGGCCGUCAUCGGUAAUCGGAGCCGGCUGCUGGACGUCAUGGACCUGCUCAGAGCGAACAGCGCGACACGAUGGUGGAUCGGCCUGAAGGAAGAGCCAGAAAGCCUGGGACAAACUGCAUUUUUCGACAAUUUUGGUGAAGACAAGCUCCCAGUCCCCCGUGGCCGGCCGGCGUCGGACGAAUGUGCCUACCUUUCGUCGCUGGACGGCUUCUGGUACUGGGCCCCGUGCGACUCCGCAAUGCACUACGUGUGCCAACGCGCCGCACAGAGGGUGUCCGUCGAGCUGGUGACCCCGGACCGGCAGCGGCCCACCCAGGCCUGGUUCAACGCGUAUGCGCUAAACAUCGAGGACAACCUGUACGCUUUGCGCGUCAACGCCGCCCUUGACGACGACAAGGGCGUGUUCUCCGAGCAUUUAGCCACAGCGACCCCCAUCCCACCCAUUUGUGACGUUAGCCAUGAAAGACUCGGUGGCCGGCCUUUGGAUGGGACUGACGUACGUCAAGCAGGAGGUCCGCUUCCCCACCUGGACGGACGAAUCGCCUGUGAACUUCACGCACUGGGCACCAGGGCAGCCGUCCAACGUGUGUGACGGCUGUCCGGAAACCUGCGGCCUGCUGGACUCUGGGCGCAGUCACUCCCCCGGCGCCUGGAUCGACGUCGACUGCACGCACGCCUUCGGCUACAUCUGCCAGCGGCCGGUGGUGCCCAGCACGUCGCAGACGGUCGGCGGCGCACCGGCGGCGGAGUCGGCGCACUGCCCGCCACCCCACGACAACUUCCUUGCGGUUGGCGACGCCUGUGUUAAGGUGGUACGCCGGCCGGCCACCUGGCAGGAGGCGGCCAGCACCUGCCAGCAGGACAACAGCAGCCUGGCCUACGUGGGCGACGUGUUUGAGAACGCCGCGCUGGUCACGCUGCUGUACCGCGACGGCGGAGACCAGUACUGGCUGGGUCUGACCGACACCGAGCGGUACGGCAGCAUGCAGUGGACGGCGCCGUGGCCUGCCGAACCCACCUUCAGUAACUGGGAGCCGGGCCGACCGGCGGCCAGUGCUCGCGCCAGUUGCGCCGCGCUGCGUCCGGCGACCGGCUGGUGGCGCCACCUGAGCUGCGCCCGGCACCAGCCGUACGUCUGCAUGCGGGCGCCUCGCCGCGAGAGGACACUGUCGGCCGCUGGCCGCUGCCCCUCUCGCCAGUGGUCGGCCAGCGACCGGCGCUGCUACCGGCUGCAGGAGAGCGUGGGCCACCCUCUCACCUGGCACGAGGCCAAACAAGCCUGCGAGGUGCAGGGGCAGCAGCUGGCAGUCAUCUCGUCGGAGAACGACUUCCUGGCUGUGCUGGAAGCCAUCAACGGGUUGACCAGAGCUUUCACAGCCUGGAUUGGACUUCAACAGAUGGACAACGGAACGUUCUCCUGGGUGGACGGCUCGUCGGUGAUGGUGGACGGCUGGGCGCACGGCGAGCCGUCAGCGUCCCUCGAGGCCUGCGUCGAGGCGUCGCGCCUGCUCUCGGGCCGCUGGAACGACCUCCGCUGCUCCAUGUACCGGCCGUACGUCUGCAUGGUCGAGCUCGAUGGAGGUGACCCUGCCCCGCCAGCUUCCAGCAAGUUCGCCCCGCGCCGCUCGGCCGUGGGCGGCAGCAGUCUGGGCGUGUUCGGGAUCGUCUGUCUGACGCUGCUGCUGCUGACGCUGCUGAUCGGCGGCGGCGUCUGGCUGGUGCGCCGCCGCCGCAAGGUCGCAUCGCGCCACCGCCGACUCUACUCCGGCGACCAGGCGGCGCACCAUGAUAUAGAGAACCCCGUCUACGACCAGGACGGCGAGCUGCUCGCCGGCAGGGGCAGCAGCCUGGAGAGGUCGGGACAGGAUGGCUUCGACGCGGCGGCCACCGCCCGCUGGCAAGCGUUCGACGAGCACCAGGAAGAGAACCACCUGUAGCGUCGGCCCUCUUGUCUGCACGCCUGCUGUCGUGCGAACGUAGAGCGCGCGGAGCCACCCCGCUGACCUGCACGCCGUGCUUUACUGUUCCCAUUAUGCCACGCGUAUCUUUUACUCCCAGAAAGACAC